AUGGGAAAUGGAGGACAAAUGCUACAAGAACAAGUUCUGAAGUUUAAGGACACUAGCAUUUACUUUUAUCAGCAAAACCAAAUGAGCUCUACAUCUUGCAAAAGUAUACCAGACAUGUCAGACUCCCAUUCUGUCAACUUUCAAGUUGAGGCAAGCUAUCACGAGCAUAAUGAUGGGGGCGUGCCUAAUAACAACGUACCCCCUGUUAACCCUAUUCAAGCCUGGUCAUCGGUGGGCAACGUGCCGGCCGGCGGGGAUAAUGGAGCCAUGCUGCAACAGCUCCAAAACCAGUUAGACAUGGCUAUGGCCCAACUACAAGCCCAGCAGGAGAUCAUAGCACAAUUGCAGAAUCGAAAUCAAGCACCCGACGUUGCUCCAUCGGAACAGACAGGGGAAACGGAAGAAAGGCACGCUACUCGGAAUAACGAGAACCAUCUCGGGAAGAAUGGCGAGCUGGUAAGAAUGCUUGAAGAAUUGACAAAGCGAGUCGAAUCCGGCGAAAAGAAGAUAGAGAUGAACGAUAAAAAGGUGGAGAACUGCAACUCGAGGGUCGACCAGAUUCCUGGGGCCCCUCCGGUGUUGAAGGGACCGGAUUCGAAAAAAUUCAUACAAAUGCCAUUUCCGCCGAGAGCGGCGCUGGUGAAAAUCCCGAAGAGAUUUCGCAUGCCCGAUAUCCCAAAGUAUAACGGGACUACGGACCCAAACGAGCAUGUGACUGCAUAUACAUGUGCUAUUAAAGGCAACGAUCUCGCCGACGAUAAAAGGGAAUCAGUGCUACUAAAGAAAUUCGGGGAAACCCUGUCCAAGGGAGCCAUGAUUUGGUACCACAACUUGCCCGAGCAUUCGAUUGAUUCGUUUGCCAUGCCCACAGAUGCUUUUGUCAAAGCUCAUGCCGGGGCCAUCAAGGUCGAAACCCGAAAAUCAAACUUGUUCAUAGUUAAGCAGUAUCAAUCGAAGAUCAGGGUCGAAGAUGAUAAGAUAUUACGAGCCGCUUCAGUAUCAUGGCAUUCCGGUAAAGGGAAUGAUCAAUCGAAGAGAACGACAGAUCGGGAUUCCAAACCAUCAUAUGACAAGUAUCAACCUUACCCACCUGAUCGAAGGGGGAAUGGACACAACAACGAACCGAGCAAGAAUGGCAGGAGGAGUGAUCGAAGGAACGAUCGAGGCCCAAGUAGUCGUGGACUGAUAAACAGAAUUGUUGUCAAUAGAACCUCGGAAAAUAGAGAAAUUCCAAGGUUAUCCAAGUAUAAUUUUUGCGUUGAUGUAGCAACUAUAGCAGCGGCCGUUAUCCGUAACAGAGAAACAAGACACCCAAGGCCGAUCCAAUCUGAUCCAGAGAAGCGGGAUAAGAGCCUUAUUUGCAAAUACCACUACACUUACGACCAUCGAACCAAAGAUUGUCGGCAGCUGAGAGAGGAGGUUGCCCGUCUGUUUAAUUUGGGACACCUUCGAGAAUUUCUAAGUGAACGUGCAAAAACUCACUUCAAGAACGUGGAGUCCAACAAACAAGAUAGACCGGAAGAGCCUCAGCAAGUGAUACAUAUGAUCAUGGGAGGAACGGACAUUCCCAUUGGGCCAGUAGUGAAACGCACCAAAAUUUUCAUAACAAGAAAAAAACAUAUUCAGAAUGAUGACCCCGAUGGUCCCAUCUCGUUCAGUGAUGAGGACAUGGAAGGCAUCGUUCAACCUCAUAACGACGCACUAGUUAUAUCUGUCCUUGUCAAUAAAUUUAGAAUCAAACGUGUGCUAAUUGAUCUAGGUAGCUCGGCUAAUAUCAUCCAAUGGAAAGUCAUCGAGCAGCUGGGACUACUAGAUCAGAUCGUGCCAGCAAUACGAGUCCUCAACGGAUUCAACAUGGCCUGCGAGACGACGAAGGGUGAGAUAACCUACCCAAUCAACACGGCAGGAACUACGCGGCAGACCAAAUUCUAUGUGAUAGAAGGAGACAUGGGAUACAACGCAUUGCUGGGAAGACCAUGGAUUCACCUCAUGAAAGCGGUCCCCUCAACUAUGCAUCAGGCAUUGAAAUUCCCAACCCCAGAAGGGAUCAAAACCAUUUAUGGUGAACGACGGGCCGCAAAGGAAAUGUUCGCGGUCGAAGAAUCUGUUAAGACUACAAAGAUACCAAAUCUGAAUGAAGGAAAAAGUGCCAAAUAG